AUGAAUGAUCAGGAGCACGACUCAAUGGCGCGUCAGAAGCCCGGCAUCCUCCGCCGUGUAUGGCCGACCAGUCCUGUUGAUCCAGACACCUUCAAUAUCAACCUUGUCAUUGUUCCCGCAGUCGGCGCUCCAGCUGUCGAUCGAUUCUUGAAAAGCAAUUGGGCUUGGUUGAUCGAGCUGGCCAGGUAUUCUGAGGUGCAUCCCCGGAUCUUUCUUUUCGACUAUGUCACGGAGAAGACCGACGGCUCUAUUUGGCAGAGUAUUGUGUUCAGAGGAUCUGAGUUGACGGAUCUGCUUGUCCACGAUACGGAUGCUCUGGCACGGCCCCUCAUUUUUGUGUCUCACGGACUUGGAGGCGUUAUUGUCAAACAGGCGAGUUUCUCGUGGGCACUACGCCUAGCCGACCAGCAAGGAUACAAUCCUUCACUUCGACGGUUUCUCGAAGUUCACUCAGGCACUAUCUUCCUUUCUUCGCCCCACCCAAAGUAUGCUCGUCGAAAUGAUGAUCGGAUCCCCCUCUCUCAUCUUCUUCGAUGCUACAUAAGCCUUUCCAAGGCUAUUUUAGAUCAAGCCGGAGCCGAGGAAGCGAUCAUUCAGACCGUGUGUCGGAAAUAUCAAGAAGCUGCCAUCGAAGUUCCGGUCAUAUCUACUUUUGAAACGAAGCCAACAAAAAUCUCGAUGGGACUCUUCAGGUCUUGGAAAGGGAUCCUUGUCACACGAAGCUUUGCUGAAAUUGCGCUCAAAUAUGAACAGCUCUUCGCUACACAAAAGUCCCACACCGAGGCCAACAUCGUGGAUGCUGGCAGCGACUUAUCCGAGGAGAUUUUUAAACUACUGUGCGCAGUAGUCGCCAAUAGACAGAACAUUCAUGUUCCGUCAAGACCUCAGCCACAACCUGUCCAAGUUGACAAUUUCACAUGGGCCAGUACCGCGCCGGAUCCUGAAGAUAGACCUGAUCAAAUCGUCUCCACCCCUUCGGACUCCAAACACCUGAGCAGCAACCAAGCCGUUUUUGGCUCGACUGAAGCGUCCAGCUUCGUGUUUGUGCAAGGAGUCAAUGACAUUACGCAGAGCCAAGCGGUUGCUCAGGUGCCCUGCCUUGUCCUUGGACCCGAGCCACAAAACCCGGACUUCUUUGGGCGUGGACAAAUUCUUGACAUGAUCUCGAAUUUCCUCAAUCCUAUGGCUGGCGACACAGCGGGCGGUUCUCCCGUCACUCGAUCAUUUUCUUUGUGUGGACUUGCAGGGGUUGGAAAAAGCCAAAUUGCGACGGAAUUUGUUCACCGCCACAUAGCUAGCUAUGAUGCAAUCUUCUGGGUCCAAGCCGAUAACGACAACUCUAUCGCUGAUAGUUUCAUACGAAUUGCAACAGAAAUCAAACUUCUUUCAGGAAACGAAAAGAAGGAUGCUGUCAUCAGCCGGAAUUUGGUCAUGGAGUGGCUUUCAAACCCCGUCAAGAGCAGACCCGAGCGGGAGGAGGAAGGAGACGUAACCACCGAGAUGGCAACCUGGCUCAUUGUCUAUGACAACGCCGAUGACUUGGACUUGCUCAGCGACUACUGGCCCACAACGACCAGCGGCAAUAUAUUGGUGACCAGUCGGGAUCCUCUGGCCAAGUCGUCAUCGUCAUUACCAGGCGUUGAAGGGAUUGAUCUCGAGACGCUCGAUCCUGAAGAGUCGUCAGCCUUGCUGAUGAAGGUCGCUGGGUUCGAGGCAUCUCAAAAGAACAAAGAACAAUCAGCUGCCCUUGGGAAGCGUCUUGGCGGACUCCCACUGGCAUUGGCUCAGAUCGCUGCGGUUGUUCGACGACGGCACAUGACGUUCCAGGAGUUUCUCGACGUGUUCAACGAAGAACCUUCAAAUCGCGAGAUCCUUUUGGGACAAGAGAAAUACCAACAUACGCUAUCCACCAUAUGGCACCUCGACUCACUCUCCUCGCAGGCCCGCAGCCUUCUCAGUGUCCUGUCCCUGCUUGACCCAGACGCCAUCUAUGAAUCUUUAUUCGAUCACGAGUUGAGCCAAGCCAGAGAUCGAACAUUUCCAUCCACGAAGUUGGACUACCUUGAUGCCAGAGGCAGUCUAUUGAAAUCAUCUCUGGUAAAGCGCACCGAAGAUGAGCAGCAACUUCUGAUUCACCGCUUGGUUCAGGAUGCAACAAGAGCACACCUCUCCACUGACCAGCUGGAGCAGGCUUUCGGAACCAGCAUCGACAUUCUUUCCAAGAGCUGGCCAAAAUCAUCGUUUCUCUUCUCACAUGAGACUUCGAUUUGGAAUGCGUCGGACAAGAUUGUGCCGCAUAUUAUUAAGAUGGCUCGCAUAUAUGAACAGGAUCCUGAACGGCAGUUCCCACUUGAGACUCUGCGUCAGCUUGCGGGCUUGCUCCAAAAGGGGGGUUGGCACGUAUGUGAAAAGGGAAAUUUCAAGGUCGCAGAAAGCAUGUUCGCGUCCUCUCUUCAGAUAUGCGAACAACAUGCGCAAGAUAUUCCUGAGGAAUAUGCCGACGCUCUGUUUUGCUCAGGAUCGAUUGCCUCGGACACCAACAGGUUCAAACUACACAUGGAACUGGCGAAGCGACAUUUCAAACAGCGGAUGGAAGUCGAGAAUAAGAAGCCAAAACUCACAUUGGGGGCUGGCCUGGCACACAGUGAGAUGGCUCUUGCACACCUCCUCAAUAACCAGUACGAGCAGACUAUCGAGUAUUCGAUGAAGGCAAGAGAGAUAAAUCAAGAGUCAACCGAGUUCUUGUCUGGCAAGUAUUGGCCAUUUUUCGCCAUAAUUCACCACGCGCAAGCCCUCAUAGGUUUGAACCGACACGAAGAAGCAGAAGGGAUGUUGUUAGAAACUCUGCGAUGGCGACAAGUCCAGUUCGGAGCCAAUGACACUGAAUCAUUCAAAACUGGAUAUGCGCUUCAGGUUCUCGGCACCAUCCGGCAAAAGCAAGACCGCCACGCCGAGGCUUUUGACAUGUUCAACCGAGCGCUUGACAAUUACAAGGCCACAGUCGGUUUGAGUCAUCAUCGAACGGGCCACAUCUUUGUAAAGCUUGGAGACGAGAACAUCUACCUGGGCCCAUUUUCAACGGCAAUGAGCCUCUAUAAUCAGGCGCUGCAGAUAUUCGAGAGUUAUCCGUCAGCAUAUGUACAGGAGAUUGCUCGAACGGCCUUCAAGAAGGCAUUGCUCUACGAGCUGCUCGGAAACAUGACUGAAGCAGCUAGGCUGUCUUCUCGAGCGCGUGUGUUGUACUCGGAGACAGUGUCGGAAUACGUCAGUUACGAUACAACCCUGACGCUUUCGGACUAUGAUUCGAUCGUCUCAAUUUGGGCCAGGUAG